GCCAUUUUGGGAUUCUGCAGUGUGGAAACAGAAGGAAUGUGCUGUCAACUCUCAAACUUCUCUUGAAUUAUUGGACUGCGAUUCAGGCCUGUCCUUGGAGCACGGUGCUGGACUAAAGGAUCUCUUCCUUCCUCAUGUGUGGGAUGAGUGACGUGAGGUUUUGAAAAGAUCCAGCUUUGAAGGUGGACCCAUGCUGUUGUUUUCUGAUCAUCUGUGCAAUAGGUCUGAUGGUUUUUUACCUGGUCAACUCGAGUUUGUUUUGUAACCUGCGGUAAAGCAAGAAGUUAAUUUUACUUACCCCCUUCACUUCAGAGAAUCUUGUAUGGUUUGAGACAGUGAACAUGGAUUUUUCACAUCUUCACACAUAUGCUCCUCCCCAAUAUGUGCCAGAGAACACUGGCUAUACUUAUGCGCUCAGUUCCAGUUACUCCUCAACUGCUCUGGAUUUUGAGACUAGCCACAAGCUAGAUCCAGUGUUUGACUCUCCAAGAAUGUCAAGGCGCAGCUUGCGCCUUUCUGCUGCAGUGUACGGUGCAGGAGAGGAUGCCCACAGCGCUGGCAUCUUUGGCGGUGGCAGCAACUCCUAUGCUGGGGAGAAGGAUCUUGCAGAUCAGUCGGCCAAAAUUACUAAGCAACGUAAAAAUGCCGUCAAACAGUCUGGCUCUGUAAGACCCACUCCAAGAAAAAAGGUGUCUGGUUCUUCCGUUUUUAGCCACAGUAGUUUCAGUAGCCAUGCAAGUGAUACGUCUUUUAUGUCGACCAUAUUGGAUGAGUCUUCAAUCCAGGAGCAGACAGCUGUUGAGCAUUUCUGGGGUCUCGAUAACGAUGGGGAUUUCAAAGGAGGAAACACGACAGUGAUUCAAGGCAAUGGCGACAUAGCAGCCACCGAGAGCCAGGCUGCACUAAGCAAUGGAUACACCUGCAAUGACUGCAGCAUACUUUCUGAGCGAAAGGAAGUUCUCACUGCAUACUCGGCUCCUCGCAUGCCAUCCUCAAGAAUUUACUCCAGGGAUCGAAGCCAAAAACACAAGUCCGGGGGCCUCACUUUCUACACGAGUAAGAUUCUGCAAGUGGCCAAGUAUUCUGCAACAUCUAUUACGUCCCUCUUAGUGCAGCUAUUCCACAUGGUAUUGCUGAAGCUGGGCUGUGAUUUCCAAGCUCAUUCCAAUUACUGUGGAAGCACGAAUGUAAAAGAAAUUCUCAGGGAAGACCACCAGCUGGAUGUGAAUGGGGAAUACUUUUGUGAUGACUGUAAGGGGAAGAGGCAGCUUGAGACACACACAGCAGCCCACAUGCACUCCUCAUGGUCUAAAGGGGUUGCAAGAACCAUUUGGCACAUCCUUUCUUAUACAGGUUACUUUUUGCUGCACACAUUGCAAAGAACAGGAACAGCAGGAUGGCUUGCCUCCAAGAAGGUUCUGUCACUCCUGUGGUUGGCUAUUGUGUCUCCAGGGAGGGCCGCAUCAGGAGUGUUCUGGUGGCUUGGGACUGGAUGGUAUCAGCUGGUGACCCUGAUUUCCUUGCUGAAUGUGUUUCUUCUGACCAGAUGCCUUCCAAAGAUGUUCAGGUUGUUCUUGUUCCUCCUCCCACUGUUGCUGUUGCUAGGUUUAUGGCAUUGUGGCUCUGAAGGCUUCCUUUCCUUACUGCCAGCUUUCAAUUGGACGAGGAUACAUAAAGCUCACUGGUGGGAAUACUCUGAACAGGUCUUUGAACCGCUGCCGGAUCUCCCUCGUGCUGUUCCAUCUCCUGAUGAACCUCUGAAUUCCUUUGACUUAAAUCGCAUGAGUGAGCUGGAGAAGCAAAUGGCCUUCAUGUCUGAGAAAUGGCAUCGUCACGAUGAGGAAUACAGUAAAAUGCUCCUCCUGCUUCAGACAUUUCAGGAUCAGGUUGUUCAGCUGAAUGACAAAAGCAAAACAUUGACACUAAUAAAAACUGUUGUGGAUCAGCAUCUUAAAGAAAUGAAAUUCUAUGAAACGGCACAUCUAACGCCUGAUUUUUUGGCCUUGCACCGGGAACACGAGGGGCGCAUUGUGGCUUUAGAGGAUCUCCUUGCAAAGCUCUCUGAAAAAUCUAAUGGCAUCCAAAAGGAACUUGAACUAACAAAAGCAAGAACAGCAAGUGAUGCUGAUGAGCAAAGCCAUCUUCUCUUAUCCAAGAUCAAACAUCUAGAACUUGAGCUGGCUCACAUGAAAUCGGAGCUGCUAAAUUCUCAGAGCUUGAAAGAGGGCUGUGAGACAAUGGAGACCCUUCGUGAGAAGGUAGAUUCCCAAAUUAAAGAAUCGGUCAAAUUUGUGCUCUUUGGUAAUCGACAAGGGGACUUGCCAGAAUCGCUGCUUCAGUGGCUAACAUCUCGAUUUGUGAGCAAGAGCGACUUGCAGGUUUUGCUUCGAGACUUGGAGUUGAGCAUCCUGAAGAACAUAACCCUUCACAUGUCUGCCACAAACACCAGACCAUCUUCAGAAGUGGUAACAAGCAUUGUAAAUGAGGCUGGGAUUUCAGGCAUCACAGAAGCGCAAGCUCAUGUUAUUGUCAACAAUGCACUGAAGCUUUAUUCUCAGGACAAAACGGGCAUGGUAGACUUUGCUUUGGAAUCUGGAGGUGGCAGCAUUUUGAGCACUCGAUGUUCAGAGACAUAUGAAACCAAAACAGCUCUGAUUAGUCUCUUUGGGAUUCCAUUGUGGUAUUUCUCCCAGUCUCCUCGAGUAGUGAUCCAGCCUGAUAUGUAUCCUGGAAACUGCUGGGCUUUCAAAGGAUCGCAGGGGUAUCUUGUCGUCCGGCUUUCCAUGAUGAUCUACCCCACGGCUUUUACUGUGGAACAUAUACCAAAAACGCUUUCACCAACAGGCAACAUUACCAGCGCUCCAAAGGAUUUUUCUAUAUAUGGACUUGAAAAUGAGUAUCAGGAAGAAGGUGUGCUCCUAGGGCAAUAUAUGUACAAUCAAGAUGGAGAGUCACUACAGAUGUUCCAAGUAAUGGAGACAACUGAGAACGCAUUCCAGGUAGUGGAACUAAGAAUUCUUUCCAACUGGGGCCAUACUGAGUACACAUGCCUCUAUCGGUUCCGAGUGCACGGGAGACCUGCCGAAUGAACAUGAUGUAGGGUUUCCUACUUGUACAGUUUUUCUGUCUAUAUGUAUAUAAAGGGAAAACCUGGAGGACAGGAGUCCUUCUGAGGACAGGGAUAUGUAAUGCAGGUUCUGUACUCCUCUGGGGCUGAGUGUAGAAGACUGCCAACUGAAUUGUAUACCAAACUCAAUGGUUAUUUGCUUGAAUGCUCAGCCUGUAACUGCCAGACAGCUUUAUAUUUUUAAUGUGUUCAUUCUGAGAAUAAAAUAUUGCAUGCCAGCUGCAAAAAAAGAGAAGAACCUAGUUAGCCAAACAAGGAAAUAACUACUGUUACCCCAGAGCGUAAAGCUUUUAAAACUUUUUUGGCAACUAGGGAUGAGUUUUAAAUGUUGGGUGGGGCUCAUCUGCAACGGCCAUUACCGCGAAUCCAGAAACUUUUCUAGAAUGCAAUCCAUCACUCUCUGUUAUUAUGCAGUUUCCCAUUUAUAUGGAUAGUGUUUGGGUUCCCACGCAUAACCCUUUGAAAUGGCUGGUAUGGUGGUAGUGCAUCCAUAGUUACAGUUUGACCACAGCCUUGCUGGUUAUGAAGCUCUCAUAGUUCGCAGCAAGAUUUUUAUCCCAGGGCUGUCUUCGACUGAGAGGAGUUUUGUUUUACUUCACCUGGAGUGUGCUUCACCUCCUGGAUUUUAGAACAUCUUGCUAAUAGGAUUUAUUAGGUAAUCCUAAUAUUACAUUACAGAAGUGGCAGGGGGGGAGGGAGGAGCGCCACCAGCAGUUAUGCAAGCUUGAGACCUAAAAUCUGUUAAAAAUGCAUCGGUCGCACUUGGGAAGGAGGGGAUUUGUAUUUUUAAAAAUUGCACUUUUUAAACCUAUUUCCAUUUGUCCUCUUGAGCUAGUUGAUGGUUGUUGCAAUUAAAUGAUGGAAUUAGCAUGUUUUCAGUAUAUUGGAUACAAACCUGACUGAGCAUUUGGCCCAAACUGAAGUAUAAUCUGCAUAAGCAGAAGGAGGUUCCAGUCCAGAAGGAAUGUUGUGUGCAGGCUUGAACUGGAUGGGCUCAUGAGGGCAGGAGGGUGUAACAAGAUGUAGUAAAAGGAGGAUCAGACUUAAAAGAGUGAUGCCAGAAAUGCUCUGCCUCAGUACAGUUAGCGUGCAAACAAAAUUACCACCCAGGGCUCAUUCACACAUCUCCUUUGUGUGUGGUUUAUCUUCUCAAAGCCUUGUUGAGGAUCCUGGCGUUGCUGCUAAUCUUUAGAAAGCCAAGAGAAACCUCAAAAACAAUGAGCAUUUGGGGGAAGCCUCAAGGACACAAUUAUCUCUGCAACAUAAUUAUCUGUCAAAAAUAAAAAUAGAACUUAGUUGUGAAUUUCAGCACUGUGACAAAAAAAUUACUAAAGCUCUUGGGGAGUAUGGGGCUGCUUUUUAAAUUACUGACAUGUCCCUUUGAAACAUUCUGAUUAUUUGAAAAUACUGUUAAAUUCCCAUUGAAAAAAGAUCCCUUCAAGCGAUGGUGUGUGGAAAUUUUGCUUUGCCUCAUACCCUUUUUUGAGGCAGUGGGGUGGGAUAAGGAAGAGUAACUUUAAAUAUAUCUUUUUUUUCUUCUUGGAAAGACAUGAUGGUGCUGUCUGGCUUUCUGAAUAGAGUUAAUGUAUGUUGCACAAGAGUCCUCAAAUAUUUAUUUUUUAAAAGUUAUCUUUGGAGGAAGACCAUGUUUUAUUCACUUAAAGUUCAGCUAGAAAUAGAACCAAUGGCCUGUUGAGAAGAGUUUGCUAAAUAUGUACAGGUGUUUCAUAUACUGUAGGUUAAAUAUAUAAAAUCAGAAUUAUCCUGUAUAAACCUAAAUUGGGGAGCGGAGAGGGUGGGGAAUAUUUUGAAUAACACUAACUUAUUUUUAAAGAAGCAAAAAUAGGACUUUGUGCAAUGUAUUUUUGUAAAUGCUUUUUUCAAAAUAUUUGUCUCUGGUAUUCUUUGCUGCCUCCCAAACUGACAAGAAGCUAUUAAAAAUGUUUAAGAGUUAAUUUUUUUGAAAGUGCAUGUAAUAUUUGGAACUAAGUAAUAAAGUUUCUUUUUUUGUAUGUGUGCUACAU